AUAAAAUUUGAUGCUGGGACCCUCCUCCUUAGUACACACCGACUGAUUUGGAGAGAUCAGAAAAAUCAUGAAUGCUGUGUGGCCAUUCCUUUGUCCCAAAUCGUGUUCAUUGAGGAGCAGGCAGCUGGAAUUGGCAAGAGUGCCAAAAUAGUGGUUCAUCUGCACCCGGCUCCUCCUAACAAAGAACCUGGCCCAUUCCAGAAUAGUAAGAACUCUUAUAUCAAACUCUCCUUCAAAGAACAUGGCCAGAUAGAGUUUUAUAGACGUCUGUUAGAGGAAAUGACCCAGAGAAGAUGGGAGAAUAUGCCAGCUUCCCAGUCGUUACAAACAAGUAGAGGAUCCCAGCCAGGAAGAGUAAGGGCUGUUGGAAUUGUAGGCAUUGAAAGGAAACUGGAAGAAAAAAGAAAAGAAACUGACAAAAACAUUUCUGAGGCCUUUGAAGACCUCAGCAAGCUAAUGAUCAAGUUGCUGUCACCAGAAGAUCUAGUGAACGCGUGCAAGAUGCUGGAAGCGCUGAAAUUACCUCUCAGGCUCCGGGUUUUUGACAGUGGAGUCAUGGUUAUUGAGCUUCAGUCCCACAAGGAAGAGGAAAUGGUGGCCUCAGCCCUGGAGACGGUUUCAGAAAAGGGAUCCCUAACGUCAGAAGAGUUUGCUAAGCUCGUGGGAAUGUCUGUUCUCCUGGCUAAAGAAAGGUUGCUGCUUGCAGAAAAGAUGGGCCAUCUUUGCCGAGACGACUCAGUGGAAGGCUUACGGUUUUACCCAAAUUUAUUUAUGACACAGAGCUAAGGGUUUUGUAUUUGAAAUAUGUUGUGUCCAUACACUCGCAUUGUAUAGCAGUUGUAUGACAUUGAGCAAAUUGUUAAAUCCUGAUAAACUAAGAAUUCAGUAGAACUUCACAGUAUAAUAUAAAACUUAAAAUCACUCCCUAAAUAUUAUGGUCUUGAAAGCUUAUUUAGGAUAUGUAAAGAAAAUACAGAAAACUGAUUGCCAGUAUGAAUGUAAAAUCAUGCUAUAUCUGUGCAGAACCUUCAGAGUUUAACUUGAAAAAUGGUGGGUUUUAACUUGAUUCUCAUAUCUAACCAUUUUAUAGAGAAUUUAGGUUCUUGGGGAAAGAAAAAGAGAAGCAGCUGCAUGUUUGGACAGGUUAGAUGAUUGUUUUGGUAUUCAUGGAAUUAAAUGUCUUUCUCUUUGUCAGAUAUGCUUGUUUGGGGCAGGAGGUACAUGAAGGAGGUGGUUGUUACAGGGUAGUUCAAGAGCCCAACAGCACUGGAACAGAGUAUCAAACUACAGAGUGCUGUACAAGGCUCAGCGAAGGGCUUUGCUAGGCAGUCCUCAGCAUGUCUCCAGCAGAGUAAAUAACACGCCUUUAGGAAAGGAGCGGGCUGGGGUGUAGCUCAGUGAUAAGGAACCGCACAUAAGGCCCUGGGCUCUCCCCUGCGUAGCAAAAAAAGACUUAAUGUAUAUACACUCAACUAGUUUCUUUUUAUUUAUUUUUUAGUGAUGGUUUCAUGGCUGGCAUUUAAAGAAUGCAACUGUAUAAUUUUGUUUUAAAAAUGCUGUGGAUUUUGAAGGUAAAUUAGCUCUUUAGCUGUAUAGACAUGCCCAGAGUUAUGAUUACAGAUUUGGGAGCCAGACAGCUAGGAAUUCCCGAGGAUUGUUGUGUAAGUUGAAGAGCAGAAGGAACCUUUGACUAAUUUCACAGGACCCUUAGUGCUCUUUUACCUGGAAGCCAAGGAUGAGAAAUGGAAAAUAGAAAAGUAAUACAGCUCCUUCUUCUCUUCAGAAGAGUCUUAACUCUGACUUUAAAAAUCUUUCUGUCAUAUUCUAGCAAUAUUUUUUUCUUCUUUGCCCUAUACAUUGUAAGUUGUGUAGAGAAACUAGCUCGGUAAAAAUUGUUAGCGAGAGAUAUAAACUGGCCAAUAUCACAUGCAGAUUGCUUGAAUUUUAAAGUGGACUGCCUGACUUCGUGUGUUACUGCUCUCCACUGCACGGCGUGUUGGCAUUACUCAUACUCAGGGACCCACAGGACAGAAGGAAACUUUCCAAGACUGAUUUGGGAGUGGAAAGCAGGCAGUGGUUUUCGCCAAGCCUCCAGAAGGGACAGUGUCUCACCGGGGGAGCCCUGGGGCCAGGGGAGGGAUGCCCAGGUGCACACUCGGGGACCUCUAAGCAGGUUUUCAGUGGGAGGGUGUAGAUGCCCUCCGGGGACGUGCUGAGGUCCUCAGCCACGGAUCCAGGGGAUCUCAACCCUGUCCCUUCCUGAACAGUGGCUGUUUGUGCUUUGUGUCCUCCGGUGUUGAAGGAAUGCUGGUGCCAAGGCAUUCUGCUUUAGUCUUCAUUUUCUAAACCUGUCACCGACUGUUCAUUGUGGUGACAGAUCCCUUAAUUACCUCAUUGCUCAGCCUCAGGUUUAUUUGGGGGGUAAUUCAGUAAGUGUCUGGAUGCUCACAUCUUUUAGGGGUUAGUUGGACCAUUGUGUGUGUCUUGCCUCUCUCUGAGUUGCACACACUGUCACAUGGCUCUGGCAGACUUGCACACACAUGUACAAAUGCACACAACCAUGAUAUCUCAUCUGUCUGAGCUUCUUAAAAUUGAAAGAGAUAAAGGAUCUUGUUUCACCAAUUGAAAUAGUUGCAAGUAAAGUUGUUGGAGCUGCUGGAUCUAGCUCUUAUGGUUUGGAUUCAUUAUGGUAAACCUACAUUAUUUAGUGUAUUUAUUUGCUUUAGUGUGGCAACAGAUUAACAAAAAUGGGGUAAUCUGAGUUGUAUGAAGUGAACUAAAGAGGAAGAAAAAUGACAUGAAUAUACUUUGCAAAUGUCACAUCACUUAAAAACAAGUAUGACUGAUUUUUAUUAUUGUAUUUUCAAAGUGGGCAUUCUUCACUGUUUCCCGACCUCUGUAUUUUUACUUUUUGCCAAAUGAGGUGUUAUUUUGGUCCUUUAUUGGUAGAGGUCAACCAAUCUGGCGCUAGAAGUGCAAAAAAGUUCUGCCUUGGUGCUUCUCACUGGUAUAAUUAUUUUUGUUUUCCUAUCUUUGCUCUUAAGAGCGUGAAUCUCUUUGUAGCUUUAUGGUAAUGGAAUAUUUCUAGUCAUUAUCUAUGAUAAUUUUUUUACAUUGUAUGAGUGAAGGUUGUUUUCAGGGUUAAGUGAUUGGUGUUAAUGUAUAUAAAGUAAAAUUAUUUCAAAACUUUAAAAUGAUUUUCUUAUCUUGGUAUUUUUAAAAAUGUUCUGAAAAAUAUAUGAAAAUGAUAGACAUUUAGUCAUACGAAGUCAGAAUGUUAAGAAUUUUUUCUUCUAAAUUUUAUAAUUAAGCAUUGCCUAUAAAUAUUUAUGACUUUGAGGUCUUACUGUUUUAGUUACCUUUAAAAAAUGGGAAACGAGGCAUGGACUGUUGCUUUCCUUCUUUUUUUCUUGAAAUUCUUCAUGUGAGUUCCACUGUGGACUGAUUGUGGAUGUGCUAUGUCUUGCUCUCAGUUACCAGACUGGGUGGACCAGACAUAAAUCCAUCGUGCUGGUGUCACACUCAGAUCCUUAGACCGGUUCUCAUCUGCCCAGCAGUCAGAGAGCCUUCACUUUGGUGCAGUGGAGUCACAGCUUGUAAGGUGGUUAGGUUUUAAAGACUGCUGAAGACAAAAGUAAGCACGCUCAAAGCGAUCCUUUAAAAUCCCUUAAAUUGCCAAUAAAAUUCUAAUGGUUUUAGUCCCUGUAGAGUGCUAUGUAGGUCUGAAUAUAUCAUGCAGAUAGUAAGUACAAUGUAUAAUAAAACUGCAUACCACCAAUAGACUUUUUCUAGUAUUAAUAAUUACACUGUUUAAAUGUGUGUCUUUUUGCCAGUAGGUAUGUUUGGAUUUAUGUAAAUGUAUUGCCCAUGCCGUCCCCAUCUAGAGUGUGAGCUCCACAAGGGCAGCGUUCUUUUCUUUGUUCAUGAAUAUAUCCUGAGCCUAGAACAGGGCCUGGCACACAAUAAACAUUCAAUAAAGGUUUACUCAGUGAAUGAA